AUGGCCGAGAUCACUGUUUUGCGCAGUCGCUUGCAAGCCUUCGAGCGCGAGAACACGCGCUUGGAGAAUGAGCUGGUUGCAAAGGACUGUGGCCCCUCCAAGCAGUCGCAGCGCCAAGAACUGGAACGUAUCCAGAGCGAAUUGCAAUAUGCCCGGCAAGACCUCAUCUCUUCUGAAGAUGAGCGAAAGCGCCUGAGAUUAACUGUGCAGAAGAUGCAGCAGGAGAUGGAGGAGCUCAAGGCACAUCCUGCUGUAGAGAAACCGGUUCCUACAAACCAACCACCCAAGCCCGAGCCCAAGCCGGCACCCAAGCCCGCCGAGCCAGCGCCGCAACAACUUCCAUCAGUGCCGCCGUCAAAACCGUCCAAUCUGGUCAAUCGUCCCGUGCAAGAGCAUCGCAGCUGUGACGAACCUGUAAAUGAAGACAUGACGCGGCACCAUGUCGCCAUUCUGAUUGGCCUUGCCGAGCGAUGGAAUGCGGACAAUCUGAAGCAGCGGCUCGCGUUACAGGCUGCGGUUGCCAGCUUCCCCCAUGCAGUGCGGGAGGCAUCGAGUGCUGCAACUGAGCUGCUACAGGAAGGGCUGAAGCAUGGCCACUGGAUCCUGCUGAGUGCUGGAGCGACUUUCUUGAAGCAUUGGUUUGGAUUAUUUCCGCUACACGUGUCCGAAAUUGCAGAGAUGGUCGUCAAGGGACAGGCAACGACCUCAAUCUUUUGCGCCCUGGCUGCUGUCCUGCAUUCAGCUGUUCUCGACCCAGCAAGCUGCGAGGAUGAGGAGGCCUUGGAGGCUUUGGCCUUGCAGCGCGAGGCUUGCGCACGUGAAGUUCUUGCGGCGCUGUCGGAGACUUCUACGAAGCUGCCCGGCUCCUUGAUGGCCGCACUGUCACCGGUGCUUGAGAAGCCCUCGCUCUUUGCCCUGAUCUGUGAAGAUCCAGCGCCCGACAGCCUUCAUUUGCCCACCUUGCGGUUGCUGGAGGCCUUGAUGGCAAGCCCGGAUCUGUUCACUCUUGCCCAUCAGGCAGAGACCGACGAGAACAUUCUCCUGGCAGUGGCCAAUGUCUUGGUGAUUCCCUCCGUGGCGAAGCCGAAGCUGCAGGCUAUGCAGGCUGAAGCGGAAGAUGUGGAGGAGCCUGAGGCGUGCGAGGACACUCUGGAACGCCAAGAGUGCCGGGUGGCCGGCCUGGAGCUGCUGCAGCGCUGCCUGGCGACGGCGCCCAGCCCAGACUUUGUGUUGCAGCUGCGCGGGGCCGUCCAGGGUGCAGAAGUGGAUACAGUGGAUACGGUGCUGCAGCGUGUGGUGCUUCUCUGCCACCACGAGCUACUGUGCCUGCGUUUGGGCGCCCGCUCGCCGCAGCGGACACAGGCAGCAGAACUGUCCCUGUUCAUUCUCUCUGGCUGGCUCUGGCACGGAGCACCUCAUGCGCUCAGCGCUUCUGCAGAACAGAGCCGGGAACUUUGCCUACAGCUGUGCAACCAGCUGGGUAGAACGAGGAUACUGAUCGAGUCCAUCGUUGAGAUGGUCCAGGUGCUGGGCUCACAGCAGUGCUUCAAGUCUUUUCUGAGCAGCGCCGCGGCUUUGCGGACGCUCAUCCCUUUCGUGGAUGGCGAGACGACUCCUGUGACCGGCAGACGAGGUGGUGAGGACUGUGCAUCCACACCCGUGGUCGUCACGUGA